CGAGAGCGGCGCGUGCGCGUCUUCUUGACGCUAGCUCCGCGAGAAAAGAUUGAUCGAUCGAUCGCGGCGGCGCUCUAGGCGCCGACCUUGCGCGCUCCUGGGAGCUUAAUCCGUGGCGCAGGGCGGCGACGGCGAUCUCCGGUACAUUUUGUGGCUCUCGCUCGUAGGAUCAAGCGAUUGGAUGGAAUCCGGCAUCGAUGCGCCGUGGGGAAUUGUGAAAUUUCGCGGCCGGGGAAGUUCUUGGGGCCGGGAUCGAGGGAAUUCUAGCUAGGUUCCUCGGCAGGGGGAUUUCGGCAUGGAUUUUGGGGGCUGGAGGUAGGUCAAGGCAUUGGAUCGUGGGCAUGACAAUGAAAUUGGGCAUGGAGCGCAAGGUCUGCCCCGAGGAAGAUGGAGUAGCGACACAGGAUGAAGAUUCCAGCACAGUGGUGAUUAAAGAGACUACUUUUGACGACAAGAGAUUGCAAGCUGUGGAAACUGUGGAGAAGGCCGAAACUCGGGUAGCUGUAGAGAGCUUCGACUCGACUACUACAACCGCGAGUGGCCCAUCGACCUCGGACGAUCAUCCAUCGGGUGGCGAUAGUAAUGCCGAGAUUGGGAGCGUGGAAGUGGUCGUUAUUCCUGUUCAUGGCGGUGAGGAUGUUGGUGGUGGCACCACCGCCGCAGAUCGGAGUGGAGUACCCAGCAAGCCUGGCGAAGAACAAGGAAUCUUCAGAUGUCCCAGCUCUUUUAGCACGGAUAGUUUCGCUGAUUGCUGCAGGAUCUGUCAGCAGCAUGCCGAGGAGCCUUUGAUUGAGCUCGGGUGCCACUGCCGCGGUGAGCUCUCGCGAGCGCAUCGCAGUUGCAUUGAGCAGUGGUUUGGCAACAAAGGCACCAAUAAAUGCGAGAUUUGCCAGCACGUCGCUGAAAAUGUCCCUGCUCCUCCUGCACAAGCCGCGCCACAUUUCUGGGUGUGGAGGCUUGGCAUCAACCGAGGAAGCCGGAAUUACACGCCAAGAAGAAGUGGUGGGGCCCGCUUCCAUCCUCUUUGGGCUGCAUUGCUCAUCUUGAUAGCGGGGCUACUCUUUGACGUACUCAUUUCGAUUUUUCUUGGAGCUUCCGCUCUUCCUGUGAACAUCAUAAUCGGAGUUUUAGUGGUUUUAGGAAUUGGAACAGCAGCUCGCCUUGUGGUCGAGUGCUGGCACGAACGCGGGCUGAGAAGGAACAUACGGAGAAUCGAAACAAGCCUCGCAAACUUGCAAGGGGAUGGCGCGCUACAGGCUCAAUCCAACCUUGUCGUGCAAUCGGCAGUCCGGCCCCUCUCUUGAGGGCUGACACGAUUUACAGCGGAAAAUUACAACCCACAUAGAAACACACUCUCACACAACACGGCGA